CAAGCAUUAAGAACCAGGCGGAGCCUCGGUCAUAGAUCUGCAUCUGCAGCAGGUUUCAGUCUGACUCUGCUCUCUCCAGCAUGGCUUGAUUUAGAAAAACAAACAUCAAGCUGAGUUGAGCCUGCAGGAGUAACUGACGGAGCAGCCGGGUGGAGUGGUGCAGAUAGAGGCGUUUAGCAGGCAGCCAUGGACACCACCACCUCCCUGAAGAUGACCUCUCUGGCCGUCCAGAGUCUGUUCAGCUACGUGGAGGAGGAGAACCUGGUUGCUGUCAGGGCCCACUUGGACAAGUUCAGGGAUGUGGACUGCAGGAGUGAUAAUGGACAGACUCCCCUGAUGGUGGCAGCAGAGCUGGGCAAUCUGGAGAUCUUACAAGAACUGAUCCGGAGAGGAGCCACUGUUAACAUGGAUGAUGUUGACUGCUGGACAGCGCUGAUCUCCACUGCUAAGGAGGGACACUUCGAGGUGGUGAAGGAACUCCUGGAGAACAAUGCCAACUUGGAGCACAGAGACAUGGGAGGUUGGACUGCACUCAUGUGGGCCGCCUAUAAAGGGCGGACAGAGGUGGCCCGGCUGCUUUUGGAAAAAGGAGCCAAUCCGAACAUCACUGGACAGUACAGUGUCUACCCCAUUAUCUGGGCGGCUGGACGGGGCCAUGCAGAGAUUGUCCAUCUUCUGCUGCAGCAUGGAGCCAAGGUCAACUGCUCGGACAAGUACGGUACCACCCCUCUGAUCUGGGCAGCCAGGAAGGGCCACUACGACAGUGUGAUGCACCUUUUGGCCAAUGGAGCUGAUGUGGAUCAGGAAGGAGCAAACUCCAUGACCGCUCUGAUUGUGGGGGUGAAAGGAGGUCACACAGAAGUUGUCAAAGAGGUCUUGAAGAGGAACCCUAAUGUGAACAUGACUGACAAGGACGGCAACACUGCGCUCGCCAUCGCUGCCAAGGAAGGCCACACGGAGAUUGUGCAGGACUUGCUGGACGCUGGCACCUACGUUAACAUCCCAGACAGGAGUGGAGAGACUGUGCUGAUUGGGGCGGUAAGAGGAGGUCAUGUGGAGAUAGUCCGAGCUCUGCUGAACAAAUACGCUGAUGUUGACGUCAGGGGCCAGGAUGGAAAGACUGCCCUCUACUGGGCAGUGGAGAAAGGUAAUGCUGCCAUGGUGAGAGACAUCCUGCAGUGCAAUCCUGAUACAGAGAGCUGCACCAAGGAAGGAGAGAGCUCGCUUAUUAAAGCCACAAAAAUGAGGAACAUAGAGAUAGUGGAGCUGUUGCUGGAUAAAGGAGCCAAAGUGUCUGCAGUGGACCGGAAAGGAGACACCGCCCUCCACAUCGCGAUCCGUGGACGGAGCCGGAAGUUGGCAGAGCUGCUGCUCAGGAACCCAAAAGAUGGCCGCCUCCUGUACCGCCCCAACAAAGCUGGAGAAACACCGUACAACAUCGACUGCACCCACCAGAAAAGCAUCCUGACGCAGAUAUUUGGAGCCAAGCACCUUUCCCCAACCGAAUCAGAUGGAGAUAUGCUGGGUUAUGACCUAUACAGCAGCGCUCUAGCCGACAUCCUCAGUGAACCCACCAUGCAGCCACCGAUCUGUGUUGGCCUGUAUGCUCAGUGGGGCAGUGGCAAGUCUUUCCUUCUGAAAAAGCUGGAGGAUGAGAUGAAGACCUUUGCAGGCCAGCAGAUCGAGCCACUGUUCCAGUUCUCCUGGCUCGUGGUCCUCCUCACGCUGCUCCUCUGUGGCUCAGUGGCCAUCGUCCUGGGUUUUACUGUUGAUCCCAAGCUGGCAAUCGCUGUCUCCCUCAGCCUCCUCGCCCUGCUCUACAUCUUUUUUGUGUUGGUGUACUUCGGAAGCCGGCGUGAGAGGGAAAGCUGGCACUGGGCGUGGGUCAUCAGCACACGUCUGGCCCGUCAGAUCGGUUACAUGGAGCUGCUGCUCAAACUGAUGUUCGUGAACCCGCUGGAGCUUCCCGAGCAGACCACCCGGGCUCUGCCUGUCAGGUUUUUGUUCACGGAUUACAACCGUCUGUCCAGUGUCGGAGGGGAGACCUCCUUGGCUGAAAUGAUUGCAACUCUGUCAGAUGCUUGUGAGAGGGAGUUUGGCUUCCUGGCCACCAGGCUGUUCAGGGUUUUCAUGAAUGAUGAGAUCAAAGGUCAAAAAUGGAAAAAAACAUGUUGCCUUCCCUCCUUCGUGCUGUGUUCACUGACGCUAGUAUGCCUGAUCACUGGUGUGGUGCUGUUGGCUAUCUUCAAGGUCGACCCUGAAAACCUGACGGUAAAUGCAGUGCUGAUAGCAAUGGCCAGUGUGGUGGGCCUGGCCCUGCUGCUGAACUUCCGGACCUGGUGGCAGGUGGCCGACUCUGUCCUCAACUCCCAGAGGAAGCGCUUGCAUGGCGCUGCCAACAACUUACACAAGCUGAAGAGUGAAGGAUUUAUGAAGGUCCUGAAGCACGAAGUUGAAAUGAUGUCGAAAAUGGCCAAAACGAUUGACGGAUUUACCCAGAACCAAACACGCAUGGCCGUCAUCAUCGACGGGCUGGACGCUUGUGAGCAGGACAAAGUGCUGCAGAUGCUGGACACGGUGAGGGUUCUCUUCUCCAAAGGUCCCUUCAUCUCCAUCUUCGCCAGCGAUCCUCAUAUCAUUAUCAAAGCUAUCAACCAAAACCUGAACAGUGUGCUGAGAGACUCGAACAUCAACGGCCACGACUACAUGAGAAACAUCGUCCACCUGCCAGUGUUCCUCAACAGCAGAGGACUCAGCAGAGCCAAGAAGCUUUGUAUGGCUGCGCCCACCAAUGGAGAGGCCGUGCCUGCAGAGGGGUGGCAUGAAGACAUGGACAGGAAGGUGUCUCAGAACAGCCUGUCCCAAGAACAGGCCAAGCUUGGCAGCAAGAACGCUCUAAACCGAAGGGACACGUACCGCCGUCGACAGAUGCAGAGGACCAUCACCAGACAAAUGUCGUUCGACCUGACCAAGCUGCUCGUGACUGAGGACUGGUUCUGUGACAUCAGCCCACAGACGAUGAGGAGGCUGCUCAACAUUGUUUCCAUCACAGGUCGUCUGUUGAGGGCCAAUCAGAUAAUCUUCAACUGGGAUCGUCUGGCGUCGUGGAUCCACCUGACAGAGGAGUGGCCUUACAGGACAUCAUGGAUCAUCCUUUUCCUGGAAGAGGCUGAAGGCGUGCCGGACCAGGUCACACUCAAGACCAUCUAUGAGAGAAUCUCCAAAAACAUCCCCACCACCAAGGAUGUGGAGCCGCUGCUGGAGAUCGAUGGAGACAUCCGCAGCUUUGAGGUCUUCCUCUCCUCCAGGACUCCCGUUCUCGCUGCCAGAGAUGUGGAGAUGUUUCUACCCUGCACCGUCAACCUGGACCCCAAACUCAGAGAGAUCAUAGCAGAUGUGCGUGCAGCCAGGGAGCAAAUGCAUUUAGGAGAAGUGACCUAUCCCACGCUGCCCCUUCAGGAGGCAGUGCCUCGUCCCCAGCUGGGGUACGGCCAGCUAUCCACCGCCUGCUCCCCGACCAGCUCCUUCGCCGGGUCCCUGCCUCCACAACCCCACAGCUCCUACUUCAAUGGAAUGACAGGCCCUCAGCACCCCUUCUACAACCGGCCUUAUUUCCCCCAUCAUGUGUACCACCUGCCACGGCAUUACUCUCACCAUGUUCCCUCAUCCUCGCGCCCUUCCAUUAAACCACCCAGUCAACCUCAGGACACCAAUGGACUUGAUGUUAUAGCAGAGGAUGCCAGGGAGGGCCUCCCCUCAAGCCCCUGUGACCCCGCUAUGAUGUGCCCUGUGGUGCCGCUCAGCUCUUUGGGGACAGGCGCAGUGUGCGAACGCCUCAAACAGAUCGAUGGGAUGGACCCCAACAUGCUGUCUCAGUACGCAGCAACAAUCAUAAAGGCUAAUAUAAAUGGCCGAGUGCUCACUCACUGUAAUCUAGAUGAACUGAAGAAAGAGAUGGAGAUGAACUUUGGUGACUGGCAACUUUUCAGAGGAAUGGUGAUGGAGCAGCGACAUGCUGAAACGCAGGCAGUGCUUCAGAAUGAGUCCCAAGCGGCCAGUGAGCAGGGCAGCAGCCUGCUCCAUGAGGAGUCCAGCAGACGCACGGGAGGAACCCAGCAGGAAACCGCUGCUUUCAGCCUCAACCUCAGCUUCGAGGAGCUCAGUGGAGCAGGGGUAGAGGAGCCUCCGAGACCUAGCCACAACUCACAGUGGACGGUGACCAACCACCGCACCACAAGCAUGUCCAGCCUCAACUCGCAGGAAUCCUCCAACGACAUCUGCAAGCUGACAGACAAGCAGCAGGAUGAGUACAGGGAUGCCUACAGGGAGUACAUCGCUCAGAUGGCCCAGCUGGAGAUGUCUGGCAGUGGGGGGGAAAGGCCCAUGCAGCCCCAUCCGGGCCAGUUCCUCCAGGCUGCCAGCUCAGAGGACAAAGGGGCCAAGGAAGGAACAGAGCAGGACAGCCGCAAGCCCUUCAACAAAAGGGGCUCCAAGAGUAGCGACAUCACAGAUUUUGCCUCAGGGGUCGAUGCUCAGCUCCUAGAUCCCAUCAGUGAAGAGGAUGAGAAGCUGGACCACAGCUUGUCCUCCAGGACCUCAGGCUCAAAGAAGAAAAGAGCUGGGUCGUUCUACCACAAGCUUCCCAGUGAAGAGGACUGGUGCCCAAAAGAAGCCGACAACACCACACCUCUCCUCCACAAAGAGGGACGAGCCAGUCCUUCGUCCUUACACAGAGCCUCGCAGCCCCCCGGGAUGCUGGCCAAACCUGGCCUCCUCACAGACAUCCUCCUUAAUAAGAAGGACUCCUCGGAUUCAGGGAUGCGCUCCAGUGACAGCUCCCCAGAUCCCUCGCUGGAGGAGGCUGAAGGAGACCCUGACAGAGAGAGGGACACCCCAAAGCCCAGCCUGAUUGAACUGGAGCUGGAGGGCCUGGUGAGGAAGAGGGGCCCCCUCCCCAGCAGACUGAGCGGCCUGCAGGACGCAGCAGUGGCUCGCAUGUCCAUCUGCUCCGAUGCUACAUCUGAAGCCAGCCUGAUGGCCAGCAGCCCAGAUGAGGGGUGGCCCUCCGACGGGGUCAGCAACCUUAACCGCACCGCCAGUAACACCACCCUCAAUAACAACUCAGGCAGCCCUGACGACACCAACUCCAACAACAGCCGUCAGCGGCAGGAGAACUUCUCAGAGUCCAGCAUCCUCCCUGCCAGCAUCAUCAUCCAGCCAGGAAGCAGCAGCGCCGCUGCCACCAUCCACCAGAACCAGAACCUGUACUCCCUCAGCCUGGGAGACGAGCGGGAGAGCGUACUCUGAAACUUCAUUAAUAGAUGGGUCGUGUUCUUGAUGUUCUGAUGUUUUCUAAAGAUUUAAGGCAGAUAUCUGCAUUGUUCUGUUGAAAUGAGUUCCUAAAGUUCUUUAUAGUUAUACCAAGACCAUUAAACGUCACAUAAAAAACAGGUUAUUAAAACUCUUCACAUUGUAUUAGUGUAGGAUUGUCUCCUGUUGGUUGUGAUUUCUCUCCUCUGUGGUGCUCUUGUGUGGACUGUGUGUUUACUGAAGGAAUAGAAUAUGUUCUCAAAAAAAUAAAAGCUGGUUACUGAGCGUUCAGCAGUGUUAAAUGUUUAGCCUCAGAAAUGCAUGGUGCUGUUUGUAGUGCUGUGUUAGAGGCAGUAGUCUUCAAUCAGGGUUUGCUGUUAUACUUUGUUUUGUGAAUCAAUAAACAUUUCACCCCAUGACCCUUAA